CUUUUCAGUGUUUUGGCCCUGAAGGCUUUGUGUUUGUUGACGGAAUCCGAACUAUAGUCCUUGGGAGGUUUUGCACGGUUUCUGUGUCAACGCUUCUAGGCAGGUCUCCUAGAACUACGUUUCCCAUAGUUCCCGGCGGCAGGGCCCUCUUCCGGCCUACGUGUCUCCCAGGAAGAAGGCCGCUUAGAGGUGUAGUGACAUGGCUCCUCCGGCUCCCGGCGCGGUCUCUGGCGGCUCCGGAGAGGUAGACGAGCUGUUCGACGUGAAGAACGCUUUCUACAUCGGCAGCUACCAGCAGUGCAUCAACGAGGCCCAGCGCGUGAAGCUGUCCAGUCCUGAGAGAGAAGUGGAGAGGGAUGUCUUCCUCUACAGAGCAUACCUCGCACAGUGGAAGUAUGGCGUGGUCCUGGACGAGAUCCAGCCCUCCUCGGCUCCAGAGCUCCAGGCUGUACGCAUGUUUGCUGAGUACCUUUCCAGUGAGAACCGGAGGGACAGCAUUGUGCAGGAGCUGGAUCGAGAGAUGAGCAGGAGUGUGGAUGUGACCAAUACCACGUUCCUGCUCAUGGCUGCCUCCAUCUACUUCCACGACCAGAACCCAGAUGCAGCCCUGCGCACCCUGCACCAGGGCGACGGUCUUGAGUGCACGGCCAUGACGAUUCAGAUCCUCCUCAAGCUGGACAGGCUGGACCUAGCCCGGAAGGAGCUGAAGAAGAUGCAGGACCAAGAUGAGGAUGCCACUCUCACCCAACUAGCUACUGCUUGGGUCAAUCUGGCUGUGGGCGGUGAGAAGCUGCAGGAAGCCUACUACAUAUUCCAGGAGCUGGCCGACAAGUGCUCGCCCACACUGCUGCUGCUCAAUGGCCAGGCAGCCUGCCACUCAGCACAGGGCCGCUGGGAGACGGCGGAGGGCGUGCUGCAAGAGGCACUGGACAAGGACAGCGGCCACCCUGAGACCCUCCUCAACCUCAUUGUACUGUCACAGCACCUGGGCAAGCCCCCUGAGGUGACAAACCGAUACUUGUCACAGCUAAAGGAUGCACACAGGGCCCACCCCUUCAUCAAGGAGUACCAGGCCAAGGAGAACGAUUUCGAUCGCCUGGCACUACAGUAUGCACCCAGUGUCUAAGAUGGAGAUGCCAGCUGUGUGUUGCGGGAUGCUGCCGUCCCUUCCUUGUCUGCCAAUAAAGUCUGUCCAUCAUCUCUC